GGCGGAGGGAGACGUUGCACCGCCGCGAUUCCGCUGCCCGCCAUCGAGCCCCAUCAGCGGACAUUUAGACACGCACGCCGCCCGGAGAGGGCGACAUUCUUUUGGAGGAGUGGAGGCGACGUGUGUCCGUCCCGUGUCGGUAGCUGCCAUUCGGCCGUCGGGGGGAAGGAGAGAAGGCUCCGCCGACAUCAAACCGCGCGGAGCGAGAGAGAAAAAGGGGGGGGACAGGAGAGACCCCGUGGUGCUGGGCAGAGCGUUAUGGCUCAGACGCUGCAGAUGGCGAUCCCCAACUUUGGCAACAACAUCCUGGAGUGUCUGAACGAGCAGCGGCUGCAGGGCCUCUACUGCGACGUCUCCGUGGUCGUCAAGGGACACGCCUUCAAGGCCCACCGCGCCGUGCUGGCGGCCAGCAGCUCCUACUUCCGGGACCUGUUCAACGCCGGCGGGAAGAGCGGCGUGGUGGAGCUGCCGCCCGCCGUGCAGCCGCAGAGCUUCCAGCAGAUCCUGGCCUUCUGCUACACGGGGCGCCUCAGCAUGAACGUGGGGGACCAGUUCCUCCUCAUGUACACCGCCGGCUUCCUGCAGAUCCAGCAGAUCAUGGAGAAAGGCACCGAGUUCUUCCUGAAGGUGUCGUCUCCCAGCUGUGACUCCCAGGGCCUCCACAGCGAGGAGACCCCGCCCUCCGACCCCCAGAGUCCCGUCGCCCAGACGACGGGGGGCAGCGCAGUCGCCCCGGCCGCGGGGAGGCCCGCCUCCUGCCUGACGCCCCUCCCCCUCGUGUCCAAGGUGAAGUCGGAGCCGACCGCCUCCACCCUGCAGGCGCAGCAGGAGGGCUCCCCGUACUCCGUGGUCUGCACCCCCGUGGCCAAGCGCCUGUGGGAGGGGGGCAACCGGGACAGCGGAGGGGGGUCCGGCGGGGGAGGCGGGCUGAGGAAGGCCGCCCGCUACUCGUCCUCCUCCUCCUCGUGCUCCUCCUCCAACAUCACGGCCCAGGACGCCUCCGGGCGAGGCGGCGCCGCCGCCAUGGCGGCCGGCUGCGGCGCCGCCACCGCGGUGGGAGGAGCCGGACUCAACAGUAACCAUAACAACAACAACAGCGUCGGGACCCCCGAGGGCACGAGCCCGGGGACGCUGAGCAUGUACACCAGCGACUCGCCGCUCAGUUACCACGACGACGAGGAGGAGGAGGACGUGGCGGACGAGAGCGCCGAAGAGCAGUACCGACAGAUCUGCAACAUGUACACCAUGUACAGCAUGCUGAACGCAGGCACGGCAGUGGUUGGCGAGCGGGUGGAGGCCCUGCCGGACUUGGCCCCGGACUCUGGCGGCGGGCGGGGGGGCCGGGGGGCGCGGGCCCGCCAGGAUCUGGCCUCGCUGCCCGCCGAGCUCAUCAGUCAGAUCGGCAACCGCUGCCACCCCAAGAUGUACGAGGAGGGCGACCCGGCGGAGAAGCUGGAGCUGGUGAGCGGCACCUCCGUCUUCAUCUCCCGCGCCCAGCUCAUGAACUGCCACGUCAGCGCCGGCACGCGCCACAAGGUGCUGCUCAGGCGCCUGCUCGCCGCCUUCUUCGACAGACCGGUGGGGACUUGUGUCCCCGUGGGGACCUAA